AAAUAUAUAAAGUGAAACAUCAUCAUCAGUAUUGAAUUGAUACUUGUCACGCUUAAACGUGACAAAAACAAAAAAAAAAAAAAAAAGAAAUGUCUGAUUUUUUUGAUAAUCGUUAUUUUUAUAUUAAUAAAUUUUUCUUAUCUUGCAUUGGUCAAUGGCCAUUUCAUAGUGCGAGACGAAAUUUUAUUAUUCAAUUUUUCAUAUUUUUUGCGCUAUUAAUUUGUUUAGUUACCACGGGAGCUGGUUUUUUAAGAGCUUGGGGCGAUUCAGAUAAAAUGAUAGAGUGCCUUCCAACAAUUUUUACAGCAAUUGGUUGUUUGGUUUAUUGUAUUAUUUAUUUGUCAAAACAAAAAAAGUUGGGUCGUCUUUUUCAUGAAAUCAAACGUGAUUGGGAAUAUUGGUCCUCUGAUCGUGAGCAAUUAAUUAUUUUUAAUCACGCCAAUCAUGGAAGAAUUUAUACUAUUUUUUAUACAGGAUGCAUAUCGGGUACAUUAUUAACUUAUUUAUUAAUGGCAGUAACGCCACAAUUUCUCGAUAUUGUUUUGCCAUUAAAUGAAUCGCGUCCAAAAAAUUUACCAUUUCAAAUGUAUUAUUUUUGUAAUUAUUCUGAGGAUUAUUUUUAUUGGAUUAUGCUUCAUAUUUCAUUUAAUGCUAUUGUGGAAAUGUGCAUUCUCAUUGGUUCUGAAUCAAUUUUGGCAGUAUUUACCGAACAUGCUUGUGCGCUUUUUAAAAUAAUUGGUUUACAAUUAAAAAAAAUCAAUAGCAACGACAGCGAAGGAAAUAAUUUGAAAGCAGUGAUUUUUUGCAUUGAACAACAUAAUCGUGCGAUUGAAUUUUGCACUAUCAUCGAAUCACUUUUCAGUCCUUGCUUUUUUUUCAUAAUGGGAUUGAAUACCAUAUUAAUUUCUGCUUCUUUAAUUCAGGUUGUUGUAAAUCUCAAUAAAAUUGAUAUUGCUGUGAGAUUUGGAGCGUUUACUGGAGCUUCCAUCGCUCAUCUUUUUUUAAAUAGUCUCCCCGCGCAAAGAUUAAUGGAUUAUAGUGCCAAUCUCGCAGAUAAUUUAUAUGAUAGUUCUUGGUAUCAGAUGCCAGUGAAAAUAAGAAAACUUUUAUUAUUAAUAAUGAUGAGAAGUCGUGUUCCGUGUAAAUUAACUGCUGGAAAAAUGUUGGAUUUAUCAUUGAGGAGUGUUUGUUCGAUCCUUCAGGCUUCUUUCUCGUAUUUUACUUUGCUUUCCACAAUGACAACCUGAAGAGUAUCGUCAAAAAAAUUUUUUUUUUAAUCGUAGCAUUAUGUGCAUAUUUUUAUUAACAUAAGACAUUAGUUUGUAUUUACUAUAGGUUGAUGAAAGACUGUAUUCUAUUGGAGGAGAAUAUAGACGAUCGAAACCUUUAAGUCAUACACACCUACGAGUUCAA